AGUGGAGAGUUUCGGAGGCGGAAACCUGCUGGUUCAGUGGAAGAAAGCUGCUCCUUAUAAAUGUGUCACUUCAUUUGUGAUUUUCUCAAGAAUUACAAAGGGAAGAGUGGAGAUAUUUGACAGGAGUAGCAGAGAAAAAGAACUUUAAACGUUCUGGUGAAGGGAGAUGUGACGAGACAGGACACCAGGCCCGUGCGUAAAAUGGAUACUAGCGCGACCCUCUGAGGUAUUGUUGUCACAGUGUUAACCAGUGAGGAGGAAGACACUGAGUGUUGAGUGCUGUGGAUCUACAGUAUCUCAGCACAGUCCAGAGCCUGACAUUUACACUUGGAUCAGGGUCGUUUUAAGUGUCUACAGCUCCUUUUGCAGCUCAGGUCCCUCCCUCCAGUUGAAGAUGACAGAGAGGACCCCAUGGUGGAGGGCAUUCCUACCACCAAAGAGAAAGAGCGGAAGCCACAAGGACACAGGUUCUACCCAUUCCUUUGGCCCAGAUUUUAACCCUUUUGAGCAACGGUCAGAAAAGAAAAAAGACCCCACGGCCACCGCCUCCAAGACCCCCGGCAGCCAGGCCCCGGCUCAGGCAGAGUCCAACAAGCUCUCUGACCUCGCCAGCGAUGACACCUUUGACGACUCCCAGAUGGACUCAGUCUUCAAUGAGCAGACGUGUCGAAGGAACAUGAAGGUGUCACGCUCGGGUCGAUUCAAAGAGAAGAAGAAGUUGCGCAGCAGUCUCCCCAUACAGGAGAAAGAGCCAGAGACUGUAGCGUCUGGGAAAGAGGACAUCCGGCGGCAACGAGGAGGAGAAAGUGAUCCGAGACUGCUUUACAGAGAUGCUUGAAAAGAAGGAGACAGAUUUGAGUAAAUGAAGAUGCUUCAUUCUCAAGAGGCAUGCCUAGAAGUCUAUAGUAUGUUGGUGAUGAUGAAGACAACAACACUGCAGGAAUAUGGUGAUGUGGUGCAAGAAAUGUUUAAUAUUUUGUACAUUUAUUGAUGGACUUGUGCAAGCGGGCCACAGAAACAAUGUAAAGUGACUUGAAAAUGAAUUGUAUUUGUUUUGUGAUGGGUAUUGAAGCAUUUUGCCAACAAUAUUCCACAAUCAAAACUCAAAAGAAGUGAUAGAGUAAUGAUGCAGUGAGCACUUACGAGCCCAGUAUAGUUAACAUACCAAAGUGUCCCUGUUUUAGUGAUUGGACAGUUCAUUACAUGAAAAACAACUCUUAAAAAAUUUCCUUGAAUGCUAUUUUUUAAAUUAGUACUCAAUGUAUGGGAUGUGCUUCAGGAAAAUGUUGUCUAUGAGAUGUUUACACUGUUUCUGUAACUAUAUUAAUGUAUGUUUUUAUAAUGAAGGAUGAGUAUAAUACUCCUUUUACAGUGCUUUUACAAGAAUGAUUCUAAAGGGUUAGAAGGAUGUUUAUGAAAGUGUAAAUGAUUGUAUUAUAUGUGUGAACAAAAAUAAUGUUUGUGAGCAGCUCUGAGUCAGAUGUACAAUUGCCAGCGAAAUGCAGAAUAUGUCGAUGAAGGAUGAGAUCUAGUCUACUUUUUUAAAUACACUCGUAGGUCCUUAGCAGCUGCUACAACUGAAAUUAGAAGUUUAUGUUGUACUAUUCAACAAACUGAGAUAUGGAGAAAUUGUGAAGGAAGGAAUUGCUUUUUAGGACUGCUAUGUUUGGGAUCACCUGUGAACACUUACAUGAAGGCAAAAUAUGAGGAAUAAAUCUGAUAUCUGCUGCA